AUGCCUUCUCCUCGUCCUUCAGGAGGCAGUAGCGCCGAUGACCUGACCAAGGAGCCGCCAGUACCGUCGGAAAAGGCACCGCCCCCGUCUUUCGAGGAGUCGACGCGGCAGCAUGGGAGCACCACCGCUGUUGCCGCCUCGUCGAGCUCCUCGCAGCCCAUCUUCCAGACGCGCUUCGCCUGCAUGUCGCUGAACAAGAGCGACCGCGUCUGCUUCUUCAACUUUGGCGCUGAUGAUGUCAAUGCCAUGCGCGCCCUCUUGCAGUCGGCCUGGACUCGUGGCAUCCAGGACGUCCGCCGGUCCGGCCGCGGCACGGAGAUCAAGCUCCACGGCCGGCCCUGGGGGAUGUCGACGGGCAAGGAUGAGUCGCGCAAGCUCAUGCGCCGCAUGCUCGAGACCUUGUAUGACCGCGGCUGGGUUCUGCAGUCCUCUGUCGAUGUUAGCAAGUCCGAGUCUGAUAGAGGUAGCGACCGCCUCAAGAUCGCCAGCCCCCCUGCGCCCGAGGUCUGCGCAGCCCUCACGCAAGCUUUAGGCAGAUUCGUCAUCUCGCGUACCGAGAAGACGUGCUACUACUUCGAGAUCAAGUUUCACGGGCGGCCAUGGCACGCCAGCGAAACCGAGGCCAUCACAGGCCGCGUCAUCCUGCUCCAACUGCUUGAGACGCUCGAGAGUUUCGGGUACAGCCUGUAUGCCAGCAUCGACCAAAAGGAUAGUCGUGACUCUAGGGAGGCUGAUGAGUUGUACAUGCACAGGGUGAAAGGUUGGGUAUCAGGCAUGCCGGUGUGGCACGGGUAA